GCUGGUGGGGGGACACCGCGCAUGCGCCGCCCUCCCGUGGCCUCUCGCAGCCCGUCCCCGCCGGCCCCGCGCCCCGGUCUCGCGCCAUGGCGGCCGCCGCCGAGGAGCCGUUCCCGUUCCACGGGCUCCUGCCAAAGAAGGAGACCGGCGCCGCCGCCUUCCUCGCCCGCUUCCCCGACUUCGACGGGCGGGGGGUGCUGCUGGCCGUGCUGGACACCGGCGUGGACCCCGGGGCGCCGGGCAUGCAGAUUACAACUGAUGGGAAACCGAAGAUAAUUGAUAUAAUUGACACUACGGGCAGUGGUGAUGUAACUACUUGCACCAUUGCAGAACCUAAAGAUGGAGAAAUUACUGGUCUUUCUGGAAGAACUUUAAAGAUUCCAGCAAACUGGGUAAAUCCUUCAGGCAAAUAUCACAUUGGCAUAAAAAAUGGCUAUGAUAUCUAUCCUAAAGCUCUUAAGGAGAGGAUUCAGAAGGAGCGCAAGGAAAAGCUCUGGGAUCCUGCUCACAGGCUGGCUCUAGCAGAGGCUUGUAGGAAACAAGAAGAAUUUGAUGCUGCUCAUAGCUCUCCCUCACAGGUAAAUAAGCUAAUAAAGGAAGAACUCCAAAAUCAAGUGGAAUUGUUGAAUUCUUUUGAGAAAAAAUACAGUGAUCCUGGCCCAGUAUAUGAUUGUGUAGUGUGGUAUGACGGUGAGACCUGGAGAGCCUGCAUAGAUACAAGUGAGAGUGGUGACUUAACUAACUGUACAGUGCUGAGAACCUAUAAAGAGGCUCAGGAAUAUGGAUCUUUUGGAACAUCUGAGAUGUUGAAUUAUUCUGUGAAUAUAUACGAUGAUGGAAACCUCCUUUCUAUUGUGACAAGUGGAGGAGCACAUGGAACACAUGUGGCUAGUAUUGCAGCUGGAUACUUUCCAGAAGAACCAGAACGGAAUGGUGUGGCUCCUGGAGCUCAGAUUCUUGCAAUCAAGAUUGGUGACACGAGACUAAGUACAAUGGAAACUGGCACUGGUCUCAUAAGAGCUAUGAUAGAAACAAUAAAAUACAAAUGUGAUCUUGUCAACUACAGCUAUGGAGAAGCAACACACUGGCCAAAUUCUGGGAGAAUUUGUGAAGUGAUUAAUGAAGCAGUGUGGAAACACAAUGUAAUUUAUGUUUCAAGUGCAGGAAAUAAUGGUCCUUGCCUUUCUACAGUUGGAUGUCCUGGUGGAACUACAUCUAGUGUAAUAGGUGUUGGUGCUUAUGUGUCACCUGACAUGAUGGUUGCUGAAUACUCAUUGAGAGAAAAACUGCCAGCAAAUCAGUACACUUGGUCAUCCAGAGGGCCUAGCACUGAUGGAGCCCUUGGAGUAAGUAUCAGUGCCCCAGGAGGUGCUAUUGCUUCUGUUCCAAACUGGACUCUGCGAGGAACACAGCUCAUGAAUGGCACAUCCAUGUCUUCUCCCAAUGCAUGUGGAGGCAUUGCAUUAGUAUUGUCAGGACUCAAAGCUAAUAAUGUUCAUUACACUGUUCAUUCUGUCAGAAGAGCAUUAGAAAAUACUGCAGUGAAAGCUGAAAACAUAGAAGUAUUUGCACAAGGACAUGGUAUUAUUCAGGUUGAUAAAGCCUAUGACUACCUCAUUCAGAAUUCAUCAUUCACAAGUAACAUCGGCUUCACAGUUACUGUCGGCAGCAACCGUGGAAUCUACCUCAGAGAUCCAGCCCAGACAGUGGCACCAUCUGAUCAUGGGGUUGGCAUAGAACCUGUCUUUCCUGAGAAUACAGAAAACACUGAAAGAAUAUCUCUCCAGCUUCAUUUAGCUUUAACUUCAAAUGCACCAUGGGUCCAGUGUCCUAGUCAUUUAGAGCUCAUGAACCAGUGUCGACACAUAAAUAUCCGUGUGGAUCCACGUGGCCUGAGUGGAGGAGUACAUUAUACAGAGGUGUGUGGAUAUGAUACAGCAACGCCUAAUGCAGGCCCUUUGUUCAGAGUUCCAAUCACUGUUGUUAUACCGACAAGAGUCGAUGAAUCAUCAAGCUAUGACCUGACAUACACAGAUGUUCAUUUUAAACCUGGUCAGAUCCGAAGGCACUUCAUUGAUGUUCCCCAGGGAGCUACGUGGGCUGAAGUGACAGUGUGUUCAUGUUCAGCUGAUGUGACUGCCAAGUUUGUGCUUCAUGCUGUUCAGCUUGUGAAGCAAAAAGCAUACAGAAGUCAUGAGUUCUACAAAUUUUCAUCCUUACCAGAAAAAGGCUCUGUGAUUGAAGCAUUUCCUGUCUUAGCUGGAAAAACCAUUGAAUUUUGCGUUGCUCGAUGGUGGGCAAGCCUUAGUGAUGUUAGCAUUAAUUACACAAUUUCUUUCCAUGGUGUCCUUUGUGGUGCUCCUCAGCUAAAUAUGCACGCUUCAGAAGGCAUUGUACGGUUUGAUGUUCAGUCCCUGUUGAAAUAUGAAGAUAUUGCUCCAUGCAUAAGUCUGAAAAGCUGGGUUCAAACACUCAGACCAGUGAGUGCAAAAAUAAAACCUUUGGGAUCCAGAGAUAUUUUACCAAAUAAUCGUCAACUGUAUGAGAUGAUUUUGACCUAUAACUUCCAUCAGCCUAAGAGUGGAGAAGUGACUCCAAGCUGUCCACUUCUUUGUGAAUUGUUGUAUGAAUCUGAAUUUGAUAGUCAGCUCUGGAUUAUUUUUGACCAGAACAAAAGACAAAUGGGUUCAGGAGAUGCCUAUCCACACCAGUAUUCCGUGAAACUGGAAAAAGGAGAUUAUACUAUUCGGUUACAAAUUCGUCAUGAGCAGAACAGUGAGCUGGAUCGCAUCAAAGACCUGCCAUUUAUUGUUUCUCAUAGGCUGUCUAGUACCUUGAGCUUAGACAUUUAUGAAAACCAUAGCCUUGCUCUCUUAGGGAAGAAGAAAUCCAACAGUUUGACAUUACCACCAAAACACAGUCAGCCAUUCUUUGUUACAUCCCUGCCUGAUGACAAAAUACCUAAAGGAGCAGGACCAGGAUGUUACCUUGCAGGAAGUCUUACUCUGUCUAAAACAGAACUUGGAAAGAAAGCUGGGCAGUCUGCAGCAAAGCGACAAGGAAAAUUUAAAAAGGAUGUCCUUACUGUUCAUUAUCAUCUGAUACCAUCACCAUCAAAGAGUAAAAAUGGCAGCAAAGAGAAAGAAAAAGAACAGGAAAAAGAAAAAGAUGCAAAAGAAGAAUUUGCUGAAGCUUUAAGAGACCUAAAAAUACAGUGGAUGACCAAGCUGGAUACAACUGAUAUGUAUAGUGAGUUGAAAGAAGCAUUUCCUAAUCAUCUUCCUCUGUAUGUUGCAAGACUUCACCAGCUGGAUUCUGAAAAGGAACGAAUGAAAAGGCUUGAUGAAAUCGUUGAAGCUGCAAAUACAGUAAUCUCUCAUAUUGAUCAAACAGCAUUAGCAGUAUAUUUUGCCAUGAAGACUGAUCCCAGACCUGAUGCAACUACUAUAAAAAAUGAAAUGGAGAAACAGAAGAGUACUUUAGUGGAUGCACUUUGUCGAAAGGGAAGUGCGCUGGCUGACCAACUUCUUCAUCUGCAGACCCAAGAAGGGGCUGCUUCCAGUGAUGCAGAAGGCAAAGAUGAGGAUCAUGAAAGCUGCUCAGAAGCUUUGACAGAGACAUUCUGGGAAACAACAAAAUGGACUGAUCUUUCUGACAGCAAGGUUUUGACUUUUGCCUAUAAGCAUGCAUUGGUAAAUAAAAUGUAUGGAAGAGGGCUCAAGUUUGCCACAAAACUUGCGGAAGAAAAGCCAACAAAAGACAACUUAAAAAACUGCAUUCAGCUAAUGAAGUUGCUUGGAUGGACUCAUUGUGCAACUUUCACUGCAAAUUGGCUUCCUGUCAUGUAUCCACCUGAUUAUUGUGUAUUCUAGAGAAUCAACAAUUGUAAAAUUAAAAUGAUUUUAUAUGGGACAGGAUAGGAAAAGAGAAGUUUGACUUUUUAUUGGAACGCAUGUUUUCAUUACUGAAUGCUGAUUAUUAAAUUGUGUGUAUUUAUCAGUAAGGGCACCUGGGUAUGGCUUAAUACCUGUUAACCUAACUCCUGUCAUCAGGGAGUUUCUUUAUUGUGCAUCCCAUUGCUGGCAAUGGAUGUGCCAGAACUGCCAACAUCAAGGAUUUGGAAUUAGUUUGGAAAGAAUUACUGCAUGCAUGUUAUGUUCUGAAUUGUUACUUUGAACUGCAAACCUGUAAAAGUUCUGUAUUUUUUAUGGUACACUGAAUUUUAACAUGUUUGAUCUUAAUUUCAAUUGUAUGAAGGCCUUAAAGCUACUUCAAGAGUAGCUAAAAUCUUACUUAUUAGAUGAAAAAUAAUGGACAUCUGUAUUAUUUGCAAGAGUUUACAUUUAAUGUUUUUGAGAAAAAUUCAACCUCUCAAAUGGUUACAAUGUUUCUCACAAUUGCUGAUGCAUAGGUACUCUUGUAAAUUUUCAAAACUCUUCAUUUUGGAGUGAUUUCAGGCAAAUUCAGAAAUCCUGGUUAAGCUGAGUAUCAGAACAGGCUGAUACGUGUAUAAAAGUGCCAGACAGUUACAUGUUAAUCAGAUAUUGUAAAGCUAUACAUAGAUGUUUAUUAAUGUUAAAAAUACAAAACACAGCAGAAUAAAUGUGCAAAGUUGAAGAUCAAAAUACCACCAUGUUCACUCUGAUACUUUAAAAGAUUUUUAUAAUGAAUAAAAAUACUGAAGCUAAAAAUUGUAUUGGUUUCUGGAUGAGUACCUAAGUAAAAUGUGCUGAAAGAAAGCUUACAAACAGCAGAAGUUCAGUGCAGCCCAGAAGAUCAAUGCUUUUUGUUAAAGCCUUCUUAAUAACAUUGUUCCUUCAGUGGAGGGGAGUUGGUCAGUUUGAACAGGUCAUAUUUAUCAACCAGAGACAAACUGCUAUAUCUUUUGCCUUGCUGGGUUUUUCUAUUUGCAAUGCAAAACUUAGAUGCAACUGCAACUUUACAACCAUAAAUGCACAGGUGGUGCAACAUAAUCUUGGGAAGCAUUCCAAUCUGUGAGGUGCUGCCGUUAAAUCAAGAUCAGUAAUAGUUUUCUCUUUAAUUCUUUCUUACUGUGGCUUUAAGCAGCUUGACAUUUGAUUCUGGAAAUUCUGCUAGAAUGGUUGUGUUAAAUAUACUGCAAACUUUUUCCAAAAAUUCGUAGUCUGUACUGAAUCUGAAUUUAUUUGCCCAUAGUAAUACUGUUCCUGGCUUACAAAAGUACACCAUUGUUGCUAGCAGGGGGUCCAGAGCUCCAUGAUGGUACACAACAUCAGUUGCCAGUAUGAAAUCAUAAUGGUAAGUUGAUACAGGAAAUUCUUCAUUGAGGCCUUCUCCCCAUACCAGUUUUCUCACUUCAGGUUUGUGCAUAUUCAAGUUCUGUGUAUUUCUUGAAAUAUUAUAUGAUAGAUUUUCAAGAACUUCAGGCAAAUCAGUAGCUGUAACGUGAGCCCCUAAAGAAAACAUGAGUUUGUUAAUUCACGAAUCACUAAGGUUGGAAGAGACCUUCAAGAUCAUCUGUCCAACCAUGAACCCAGCACUACCCUAAUCGCCCCUAAACCAUAUCCCCAAGUCCCAAACCCAGAUGCCUGUUGGAUACUUCCAGAUACAGUGACUCCACCACCUCCCUGGCCAACUUAAUCUAAGGGUAUCUAACCACCCUUUCUGUAAAAUAAAAAAAAAAAUCUAAUAUCAAAUCUGAACUCCCCUGGCACAACUUAGGGCUCUUUCCUCUCAUCCUUUCACUUGAGACAGGGCAAAAUUCAUAGGUACAUAGCUGAACAUGUAUGAAGCUUCAUCUUCAUAACUGGUCCAGCCUCCCACUCCCCUAUAACUAGGGUAAUUUAGUUAACAAAACAGUAUUUUACAGUGAUUUUCAUUUAAAACAACAACAAAUGAACAGUUACAAAGUUUACUUCUACUGUUGUUUCAUUGCCUUAAAGUGACAAUGCAGAGCUAGAUCAUCGUUCACUAGAAAUACAAAUUUCACAAAGGAAAUACAAAUUUACCAACCUAAGAUACAGGCCACAAUAGAAAGCAAGCCUGUUCCAGCACCGAUUUCCAAAACUUUUUUGUCUUUGAGGUUGAAUUGUUCUUGAUUUGAUUCCAGAUACUGAGAUAAAGCCAGUGCCUAAAAUGGUUAACACAUAUCCAUAAGAGGGUAAGAGCUAAGUUGCACAAAAAUUCAUUAGAUGUUUUUAUAUAAGGGUGUUGUGUCUUUUUAGUAUAAUGAGAAACACUGAUGGGUGUAACAAAAAUGUAAGAUGGGAAGAAUUGUGAUGUAUCCUGGUUUUUUAAUAUAAAAAAACUUAAAGCAAUUUAUUUUUCGUUUUAAGUUUAUGUGAUUUACUACACACUUUUACAUGAGUCCUCUGACAGCUCAAGACAGAAUCACAGAAUAAGCUGAGUUGGAAAGGACCCACAAGGAUAGGCAGUGUUAAGAUGUGAACCAUACAGUCAGAACAGCAAAGUUUAACAAUAUGUAGGAAGUAAUGUUCUGGUUUAGUAUCAUAAAUGUUAUGCUGUACUAUCACUAUUAUACAGUAACUUUAGGCUUCAGCAGAGAUUUUUAAAAAACUUCUUUUGUUUCCAUUUUUUUUAGCAAAGAAGAUAUUGAAAAUUGGUUAUUUACAAACUCUAUACUUGUUUAUUGAUAAUAGUAUAACCUUUGAAAAAAACAAAACAGCACUGUAUGAAAAUAUUAUUAGGCCUUUGUAAAGAUUUUAUCAGCAGAAUAUAAGUGGGCUGUUUAUUAACAACAUAAACUGAUGCCAAAGAAGCAGUCUUCCCCCUUUUGCUUCUCUUCUUUAGAAUUGUGUUACUGUUUUAACUCUUGUGCUUUUCAUAAUGCAACACUGUCUACCUGCUCUGGGAAAGCUGACAGCUAAUGAAUCACCAGUCCAAUUUGUGCAACCUCUCAAUUUUCUUGGGGAGUUUUACCAUCUGCAUUCUGACACUUGAUUAAUGUGCGAAUUGAUGAUCUGACAUUUCAGAAUAAGAUCCUGUUUCACCCGCCCAUAUGCUCUCUCUAUUGUUUUGAAAUUGUCUGCCAUUUUCUUGUGAGCUUUUUAAAUAAAUGUGGAUCUGAACAAUUUUGAAA